UCCUUCUUUCGGCUCUCAGCUCUCACUCCGCGACAAACUCGGUCCCGCCGUCAGGCCUCCCGCUCGCUGCGGCUCGUCACCUCCGGGGGUCCCAGCCUUCACGGGCCGGGGCCACCGCCGCCGCAGGACGGGGAGGCGGGCCAUGGCGUCCUGCGUGGGGAGCAGGACCCUGAGCAAAGAUGAUGUGAACUACAAGAUGCAUUUCCGGAUGAUCAACGAGCAGCAAGUGGAAGACAUCACCAUCGACUUCUUCUACCGGCCACACACCAUCACUCUGCUCAGCUUCACCAUCGUCAGCCUCAUGUACUUCGCCUUUACCAGGGAUGACUCUGUCCCCGAAGACAACAUCUGGAGGGGCAUCCUCUCUGUUAUCUUCUUCUUCCUCAUCAUCAGUGUGUUAGCCUUCCCCAAUGGUCCGUUUACUCGACCCCAUCCAGCCUUGUGGCGAAUGGUUUUUGGACUCAGCGUGCUCUACUUCCUGUUCCUGGUCUUCCUCCUCUUCCUGAACUUCGAGCAGGUGAAGUCCCUGAUGUACUGGCUGGAUCCAAACCUCCGCUACGCCACGCGGGAGGCGGACGUCAUGGAGUACGCUGUGAACUGCCACGUCAUCACCUGGGAGAGGAUUCUCAGCCACUUUGAUAUAUUUGCGUUUGGACACUUCUGGGGCUGGGCCAUGAAGGCCUUGCUGAUCCGCAGUUAUGGGCUCUGCUGGACCAUCAGCAUCACCUGGGAGCUGACUGAGCUGUUCUUCAUGCAUCUGCUGCCCAACUUUGCCGAGUGCUGGUGGGACCAGGUCAUCCUGGACAUUCUGUUGUGCAACGGUGGUGGCAUCUGGCUCGGCAUGGUCGUCUGCCGGUUUCUGGAGAUGAGGACCUACCACUGGGCAAGCUUCAAGGACAUCCACACCACCACCGGCAAAAUCAAAAGAGCUGUGCUGCAGUUCACCCCUGCGAGCUGGACCUACGUUCGCUGGUUCGACCCCAAGUCUUCCUUUCAGCGAGUGGCUGGGAUAUACCUUUUCAUGAUCAUCUGGCAGCUGACUGAGUUGAAUACCUUCUUCUUGAAACAUAUCUUUGUGUUCCAAGCCAGUCACCCGUUAAGUUGGUGUAGAAUUCUCUUUAUUGGUAUAAUCACGGCUCCCACAGUGAGACAGUACUACGCCUACCUCACCGACACGCAGUGCAAACGCGUGGGGACACAGUGCUGGGUGUUUGGGGUCAUCGGUUUCCUGGAAGCCAUUGUUUGCAUAAAAUUUGGACAAGAUCUCUUCUCUAAAACCCAGAUACUCUAUGUUAUGCUUUGGCUUCUUUGCGUGGCUUUCACCACCUUCCUGUGUCUGUACGGCAUGGUGUGGUAUGCAGAGCACUGCGGUCACCGAGGAAAGACCUACUCCGAGUGCGAAGAUGGCACCUACAGCCCAGACAUUUCCUGGCCUCACGGGAAAGGCACAAAAGGUUCUGAAGACAGCCCACCCAAGCAUCCAGGCAACAACGAAAGCCAUUCUUCCAGAAGAAGGAAUCGACAUUCCAAGUCAAAAGUCACCAACGGAGUUGGAAAGAAAUGAAAGACCCUGGUUAAUCAAAGAUGUUCCAGAGAGUGCCUAGAACUGAGAGGGAAGCGGAAUCAUUUGGACCUCCCUGCUAGGAGGUCAAAACAUACAGCGCAAACAGGAAGAGGAGAGGGGACUUUGGGGGGGGUGUCAUUAUUUGAGAGUGUAAGUCUUGUUUCCCGCAGACACGGCCACAUCAGGCAGACCGCUGCCUGGGGUCCUUUGCCAGUGUGGGGUCUCUUCACGUCAGCGCUUGGCCUGCGGUCACUAGUAGCAAGCAGUACAGUGUGUUCGAGGGAGAGGGUAGCUAUUUACUCACAGUUGCCAAGAGCAGCUUUGUGCUUGCAAGUAUUGUGGAUACAGGUUACACAUCUUCAUUCAGACAGGGCAUUAACUGCACAGUUAAUGGACUGGUCGCCAGUUUUAUUAUUUUUUAAAUGAAUCUGCCUUUCCAUUUAAUUGGUUUACAUUCAGGCCACUUUUCUGUCUUUUAUUUUGUUGUGACUUGUUUUUAGGUUAGGAUUCUUAAAAAACCUUCAGAAGCCAUUGCUGAAACUGAACUUGGAGGGCUCCUCUCUCCCCUAGAAAAGGGAAAGGGAGAGCUUUUGUGUUACUCUUUAGCAAACCUCAUCCCCCUCUUAGGACCUCAAACCGCACAGCAGGUGUAAACCAGUCUGAGGAACGGUUAGCUCCCCACACAGGAUCCUGGGCUGCAGAGCAGAACCCUUUUUGGACCAUUCCGACUGUCACUGUCCACACCAACCCGCGUGCACAGAAGUGGACCUGCCCGAGAGGCAGCCUGCGCCGCGGCCUGUCCUGCAGCCGGUGCCUUGUACCUUUUGUUUGUUUCCUGCCCACGGUGACCCGCCGCCAUUGUCUCUUACCCCCGUGUGAGGUGCUGGUGAGUAUUGCCUUCCAUCCAUGCCGUGCUCCAGAGUGUCUGCCCUGAUCGUCCGUCGCCUCUGAUGGCUCCCUGUUUUAAAUAAAACCAUUCACGUUAACGCCUGUCAAA